AUGAUGGCAUGUGAAGAGGUUUUCCCCUCAAAAGACAUCAAACCCGUUUAUACCAUCGAACCUGUAUCGUCCUCCAAGUGGGCUGCAGACGAUACAGAGCCAAUGCAAAUCUAUGUCUUUCCCCAUGCCGAAUUGUUUAUCCGCGGAAAGCAUGGCGCAGAUGUGCCGAGGUGGAGAACUGACCCAGAGAAUACGAUUCUUCUAUCUUCGCUUUUGGUCAACGAUUUUUAUCUAAACCAAUUUAGUUAUGAUGUUCAGAUGGGACGGUUCGUUACGUUCCCUGGUAUCUCUCCUAAAGCGAAGUCCUUUCUUCAAACAUGUCACUUGAGGACCACGAGCACUUCAAACGUGUACAUGACGCGCCAUUUUAGGCAAUGCUUGAAGGUGCAUUGUUUCUUUGGGGAUAUCGGUGCUGAGAAUGAUUUGGAUGAGAUUUGGGCAAGGACCUCGGAGUGGAAUGAAGAUAUUCCACCUGAGGAUCGGGACAUUAUCGACGUUGCUCUUCGUCGGUGGUAUGGUGCAGCUUGA